AUGGACACGAAAAAUGAUGCCCGUGGAGAUGACAUCGAACUGACUGUUCAAGGAGCCAGUAGUAAACCUAGCGUGGUGGCAACCAAAUCCGAUUUGCCUGAGCGAGGGUCUUGGGCCAGUAAGCUAGAUUUCAUCCUCUCAGUGGUAGGUCUAGCUAUUGGUCUCGGCAAUGUAUGGCGUUUCCCUUACCUGUGCUACAAAAAUGGUGGUGGAGCCUUCCUCAUCCCUUACUUCCUCACCCUGUUCCUUGCUGGUAUCCCAAUGUUCUUUAUGGAACUAGCCAUGGGACAAAUGCUUACAAUCGGCGGCUUGGGAGUAUUUAAAAUUGCACCGAUUUUCAAAGGUAUUGGUUAUGCAGCCGCUGUUAUGUCUUGUUGGAUGAACGUAUACUAUAUUGUUAUUCUUGCUUGGGCCAUCUUCUACUUCUUCAUGUCUAUGAGAUCAGAUGUGCCGUGGCGUACAUGUGACAAUUAUUGGAAUACGGAAACCUGUGUGAAUCCCUACGACAGGAAAAAUCUUACUUGCUGGUCUAAUAUGGAUAUGACUACUCUAUGUACAAUUAAUGGAAAAAAUUUCAGUAAAGCCAUUCUCUCCGACCCUGUUAAAGAAUUUUGGGAACGUCGUGCUCUCCAAAUCUCAAGCGGUAUUGAACAUAUAGGAAAUAUCCGUUGGGAACUCGCGGGCACAUUGCUUUUGGUGUGGAUACUUUGCUAUUUCUGUAUCUGGAAGGGAGUAAGAUGGACUGGCAAAGUGGUUUAUUUUACUGCUCUGUUCCCUUACUUUUUACUCACCGUUUUGCUUAUUAGAGGCGUAACUCUACCCGGAGCAAUCGAAGGCAUCAAGUUCUACGUGAUGCCAAACAUGUCGAAACUACUCGAAUCCGAAGUAUGGAUUGAUGCUGUCACUCAGAUUUUCUUCUCUUAUGGUCUUGGAUUGGGAACUUUAGUGGCUUUAGGAAGUUACAAUAAAUUUACUAACAAUGUGUAUAAGGAUGCUUUGAUAGUGUGCUCAGUAAACUCUAGUACAUCCAUGUUUGCUGGUUUCGUCAUAUUCUCUGUCGUCGGCUUCAUGGCUCACGAGCAGCAACGACCUGUUGCAGAAGUAGCAGCUUCAGGUCCUGGCUUAGCUUUCCUUGCUUAUCCAUCAGCAGUUCUCCAACUGCCUGGAGCUCCUCUCUGGUCCUGUCUGUUCUUCUUCAUGCUGCUUCUCAUCGGUUUAGACAGCCAGUUCUGUACUAUGGAAGGCUUCAUCACUGCCGUUAUUGACGAGUGGCCUAAAUUACUCAGGAGGAGAAAGGAAAUAUUCAUCGCUAUUACUUGCGUUAUAUCAUAUUUGGUGGGGCUGUCGUGUAUUUCUGAGGGUGGUAUGUACGUCUUCCAAAUCUUGGACUCCUAUGCUGUCUCCGGGUUCUGUCUGUUAUUCCUGAUCUUCUUUGAGUGCGUCUCCAUCUCCUGGGCCUUCGGUGUCAACCGCUUUUAUGAUGGAAUAAAGGAGAUGAUCGGCUAUUAUCCUACUAUUUGGUGGAAGUUCUGUUGGGUUGGAUUUACGCCGGCUAUAUGUAUUAGUGUUUUCAUCUUCAACCUCGUGCAGUGGAAGCCAAUUAAAUACAUGACCUAUGAAUAUCCGUGGUGGUCACACGCUUUUGGCUGGUUCACUGCCUUAUCUUCCAUGCUUUGCAUCCCUGGAUAUAUGAUCUAUCUAUGGCGUGUCACUCCCGGCACCAAGAUGGAGAAAUUCCACACGAUCGUACGGAUCCCCGAAGACGUUCCCGCGUUGCGUACUAAAAUGCAAGCCGAAGAGCAAGCGAAGCAUGGGAUCCCAUGCUCAUCU